GUUUGAUCCCCCGCCGCCGAUCCCCUCUUGGCCUGUGGUGACGAGAGGGCAUCACCAGCUGGCGUUGGAGGCUGCUUUGCAGAGUACCGUGCUCCUGAAGAACGAUGGAAGGCUGCCCCUGCAGCGGGGCCUGCGGCUAGCAGUGCUGGGUCCAUUGCGGAACGCCACAGAGGAGCUUUUGGGGAACUACCAGGCCUGGCCAGUGGACGUGGUUUCACCGCUGGAGGGCUUGAAGGAGGUGGACGACUGGGGGCGGAGGAAGACUGGGCGCGGAGCGCAAACUUGGGGAGAGGAUGGAACGAGAAAACGGUAUAGGAUGUGAGUCCUGAAGCUAUUUGUACCUUUUUUGUUGUUUUGUUGCGCAUCAGCAGCUCGGAAGGGCGGUAGAAGGGCC